UUUUUAUUGGGCAUCACAGAAGGAAAUCAAAUAGUGACAAUGGGUGACAUGAGUAAUACAGAUUUUUAUUCCAAGAACCAAAGAAACGAAGUCAAUCAUGCAUCCGAUUUUGGGUGCACACUGCAAGAAUUGCGUGAACUUAUGGAGCUACGAGGGAGUGAGGGUGUGGUUAAAAUUAAGGAAUGUUAUGGGGACACAGAUGGUAUCUGCAGACGUUUAAAGACAUCUCCCACAGAAGGAUUGCCCGGCACUUUAACAGAUCUAGAAAAAAGAAGGGAAAUUUUUGGACAAAAUUUUAUACCUCCAAAGAAGCCAAAAACUUUCUUACAACUAGUCUGGGAAGCUCUGCAAGACGUGACGUUGAUCAUCUUGGAAAUUGCAGCCAUUAUAUCCCUUGGUCUAUCUUUUUACCGACCGCCUGGAGGAGAAAACGAAGACUGCGGUGGGGUGGCCGCAGGUGGUGAAGAUGAAGGAGAAGCAGAAGCUGGGUGGAUUGAAGGAGCAGCCAUUCUAUUAUCUGUUGUGUGUGUUGUAUUUGUCACUGCCUUCAAUGACUGGAGCAAAGAAAAGCAGUUUAGAGGCCUCCAAAGUCGCAUUGAACAAGAGCAAAAAUUCACAGUGGUCCGUGGUGGGCAGGUCAUCCAGAUUCCUGUGGCAGAGCUGGUGGUUGGAGACAUUGCACAAGUUAAAUAUGGUGACCUGCUACCUUCUGAUGGCUUAUUUAUCCAAGGAAAUGACCUAAAAAUUGAUGAAAGUUCUUUAACUGGAGAGUCAGAUCAAGUCCGCAAGGCUGUAGAUAAAGACCCAAUGCUGCUUUCUGUCGGCUCCACCCAUCCACCCUCUCAUCCUCCCACAGCUACUGAUGGUGCCGCAGGGGCAAACGCCAUUGAUAAUGCAAAUGCCAGCUUAGUGAAUGGUAAAAUGCAAGAUGGAAAUGUGGAGACAAUCCAGAAUAAAGCCAAACAGCAAGAUGGUGCAGCAGCUAUGGAAAUGCAGCCCCUGAAAAGUGCAGAGGGUGGAGACGGAGAUGAGAAAGACAAAAAGAAAUCAAAUCCGCACAAAAAAGAGAAGUCUGUGCUGCAGGGCAAACUCACCAAACUGGCAGUACAGAUUGGAAAAGCAGGUUUGGUUAUGUCGGCCAUAACAGUCAUUAUCUUGGUGCUGUACUUUGCUAUUGACACUUUCGUCGUCCAGAAGAAGCAAUGGUUGCCGGAGUGCACUCCCAUCUACAUCCAGUACUUUGUUAAGUUUUUCAUUAUCGGUGUGACGGUUUUGGUAGUAGCUGUUCCUGAGGGCCUUCCUCUUGCAGUCACUAUUUCUCUGGCUUACUCAGUUAAAAAAAUGAUGAAAGAUAACAACUUAGUAAGGCAUUUAGAUGCUUGUGAGACUAUGGGAAAUGCGACAGCAAUCUGCUCUGACAAGACUGGAACGUUAACAACCAAUCGAAUGACUGUAGUGCAGGCUUAUCUUAGCGAUGUGCACUAUAAAGAGAUCCCAGACCCUGACGCACUUCCAGCGAAAACCUUAGAUGUUCUGGUUCAUGCUGUUGGCAUUAACAGUGCAUAUACCUCAAAAGUUCUGCCUUCAGAAAAGGAAGGGGGUCUUCCAAGACAAGUUGGGAACAAAACAGAGUGUGGCUUGUUGGGAUUUAUAGUUGACUUGAAAAGAGAUUAUCAAAUAGUGCGGACACAGAUCCCGGAAGAGAAACUAUACAAGGUCUACACUUUCAAUUCUGUCAGGAAAUCAAUGAGCACAGUGGUCAAACUGCAAGAUGGCAGCUAUCGCAUGUACAGCAAAGGCGCUUCUGAGAUCAUUCUAAAGAAGUGUUCUAGGAUAUUGAAUGGAGCCGGAGAGCCGCGGAUAUUUAAGCCCAGAGACAGGGAUGAGAUGGUAAAGAAAGUUAUUGAACCUAUGGCCUGUGAUGGUCUUAGAACGAUCUGCAUUGCAUACAGGGACUUUGGCAUGACUCCUGAGCCGGACUGGGACAACGAAAAUGACAUUUUGAAUGAUCUGACAUGCAUUGCGGUAGUUGGCAUUGAAGAUCCUGUCAGACCAGAGGUGCCCGAUGCUAUAAAGAAGUGCCAACGUGCUGGCAUUACAGUGAGGAUGGUAACUGGGGACAACAUUAAUACAGCUCGUGCCAUUGCCAUUAAGUGCGGUAUUAUACACCCGGGAGAGGACUUUCUAUGCAUUGAAGGAAAGGAAUUUAACAGAAGAAUACGCAAUGAAAAGGGGGAGAUCGAACAGGAGCGAAUAGAUAAGAUUUGGCCGAAGCUACGUGUUCUGGCUCGUUCAUCACCGACUGACAAACACACGCUGGUAAAAGGUAUCAUAGACAGCACACAGGUGGAGCAGAGGCAGGUGGUUGCAGUAACGGGGGAUGGAACUAAUGAUGGACCUGCACUUAAGAAAGCUGAUGUUGGCUUUGCUAUGGGUAUUGCGGGCACGGAUGUUGCUAAGGAAGCCUCUGACAUCAUUCUCACCGAUGAUAACUUCAGCAGCAUUGUAAAGGCUGUCAUGUGGGGACGUAACGUGUAUGACAGCAUCUCUAAGUUUCUGCAGUUCCAGCUAACUGUGAAUGUGGUAGCUGUGAUCGUAGCAUUUACUGGCGCCUGCAUUACACAGGAUUCUCCGUUGAAAGCGGUACAGAUGCUAUGGGUUAACCUUAUAAUGGAUACUUUUGCGUCUCUUGCACUGGCUACGGAGCCGCCUACAGAUGCGCUUCUGCUACGAAAACCCUAUGGAAGAAACAAACCGCUAAUUUCACGGACAAUGAUGAAAAAUAUUCUUGGCCAUGCUGUGUACCAGCUCACACUUAUAUUUACAUUGCUCUUUGUUGGAGAAGAGAUAUUUAAUAUUGACAGCGGAAGAAAUGCACCCCUUCAUUCUCCUCCUUCCGAGCACUAUACUAUCAUCUUCAACACGUUCGUCAUGAUGCAGCUGUUUAAUGAAAUCAACGCUCGGAAGAUACACGGAGAACGCAAUGUGUUUGACGGUAUAUUCAGGAACCCUAUUUUCUGUACAAUUGUACUGGGCACCUUUGCUAUACAGAUAGUGAUCGUGCAAUUUGGUGGAAAGCCUUUCAGCUGUUCUCCUUUACAGCUUGACCAGUGGAUGUGGUGCAUAUUCUUAGGUUUUGGAGAGCUGGUAUGGGGUCAGGUUAUAGCAAGUAUCCCAACCAGCAGGUUAAAAUUUCUAAAAGGAGCUGGCCGCCUCACACGGAAGGAAGAGAUCACAGAGGAGGAAAUGAAUGAAGAUGUGGAAGAAAUAGACCAUGCAGAGAGGGAACUUAGACGUGGACAGAUUCUCUGGUUCCGAGGACUUAACAGAAUCCAGACACAGAUUGAAGUAGUGAAUACUUUCAAGAGCGGCGCUUCCUUUCAGGGUGCUCUGAGGAGACAGUCCUCUACUACCAGCCAGAACCAGGAUGUAACCAAUAUUUCUAGUCCUAGUCACGUAUCGUUAUCCAAUGCUCUUUCCUCUCCUACCAGCACAUCAGCUGCCGCAGCAGGGCAUCCGCGUCGUGAAGGCAUUUCGUAGCUCUCUCUAUGAAGGUUUGGAAAAACCAGACUCUCGGACUUCUAUUCACAAUUUCAUGACUCAUCCAGAGUUUAAGAUUGAAGACUCCCAGCCUCAUAUCCCUCUCAUCGAUGAC